AUGUUAUCUCCAGUCUUAAAAUCAGUUGACAACGACGCCAUAUGCAACAUGAUCCUAACCCUUAUAAGCGAAUCCUGGUUAGAUCACAUAUACAAUAAAAAAAUUAAAUUCUCACAAUGGGGCGCUUUUCAGCUACUUUGUGAUUUUGCUUAUGUUAGCAUGUGGAUAAAAGAUUGCCCUUAUAUAACUGAACAUAUGAGGAAAAAGUUAUUGAAAAAUGAAGUCUUGCGUAGAUGCGAGGGUGUUGGCAGGUUACUUCUCAGAUGUCCUGGUGAAAGAUUGAAGAUGGUUGAUAAAAAAAUUACUAAAAAAACUGAAGAAGACAAUCAACAUCAACAAAUGCCGGCGGAAAUGUAUGUACCAAAUCAAGAGCAAUGGUUAGAACUAAGAGCCCUUAAAAGAAAAAAAAAAUUCAAGCCAUUUUGUUGUUGA